AUUUCUGUUCUGGAACACACGAGCUCUCGUGAAGAAUACCCAGUUGGUUUUUGAAAUUGUCGUCAAUUGUAAACAGAGUUGUAAGACGGUUGGAAGGUGCUGACUAACCGAAAUCUAUUUACAUUCGGGAAGAGAGUGAGUUUUCUUCGCUAGAGGACACGUAGCACUAGACGGAACGAGGCGGGCUUUUAUUCCAAUUUUAACUUUAGUGAGCGGCGUUUUCCGCCGUUUUUACUCCCUCCCCUGUCCCUCUCUCGCGCUCCCCCCGUGAGAGUCGCGGCCUGUAGUAGAGCCACGAGGCGCGUCGGACCAUCGUAAACUAGGCGAUGGCGGAGUUCGGUAACGGACUGGCAGAAGAGUCUCUGCUGGACUCGGACCCGGGUCACUCAGAACUUGAAGACCCGGGCGUCGAGGAAGAACCAGGAUUAGACGAGGGUGAGGCCGCUAUUGAAGAUCCGGAGCUGGAGGCAAUAAAAGCCAGGGUGAGAGAGAUGGAGGAGGAGGCAGAGAAACUGAAGGAGCUACAGAACGAGGUGGAAAAACAAAUGAACCUCAGUCCUCCACCUGCUGGUCCUGUCAUCAUGUCUAUUGAAGAAAAGAUGGAAGCUGAUGGGAGGUCUAUUUACGUCGGGAAUGUGGAUUACGGUGCGACAGCAGAAGAGCUAGAGGCACAUUUCCAUGGCUGUGGCUCUGUAAACAGAGUCACCAUCUUGUGUGACAAAUUUACCGGACACCCUAAAGGGUUUGCAUAUAUAGAGUUUGCAGACAAGGAAUCUGUUAGGACGGCAAUGGCACUUGAUGAGUCUUUAUUCAGAGGAAGACAGAUUAAGGUUGGCGCCAAGAGAACGAAUCGUCCUGGCAUUAGCACCACAGACCGCGGUUUUCCACGUGCUCGUUUCCGCUCACGGGGAGGAAACUUCUCGUCCCGAGCACGCUACUACAGUGGGUACACACCCCCCAGAGGCAGAGGACGGGCCUUCAGGUUUCAAGACCAGUGGAGGCUGACUACCCCUCCUCCCGUGGCCGCAGCACCCCCUACUGUCUCGGCGGCGUCUCUGUCUCUAUCUGCUCCCGCUAUGCACACUCACCCGAUCCUCUCUGUGUGGGGGGGACAGGGUGACCACCGGCCCACAGCGGGAGGCAUUUAUUACAAUAACAAGCGCUGAGCUUUCAUAACAUAAUUACACUGAGAUGCACCAGGCCCAUGUUAACACAGACACACACAGCGCAUACACCGCACACAUUCAGAACACAUAUUUAUGUCAUGAAGGCAGAGCCGUGAUAGAGCAGUGGCCGCUUAAAUUGCGAGUGAGUAAGAGGGGCAGGACCAGAAAGACAUUGAAGGGGAGGGUUCUUCUAGGGCCUUGUCUUUCUCAGUGCACGGUGCAGUUAGGGCCCGUUGGAGCACUAAUGCGUGGGCUGCAGGUAUCGGUUACUUACGGAGGGGUUCAGAGCUUUUAUUUCAGGGGAGGGAGGGGGAUUUGUGCGGAGAGGUUUUGUUGUGUGUUUCUUGUUUUCCUUUUUUCAGAUGGGGGAAGUGGGGUGUGGAAGAAAAGAGAAAAGAUGUUUUCCUUUUUUAUUUUAUUUUUAACCCAUGAGUCUGUAAUUAGAAAAAAAAAUAAAAGACAUUGUGUAAAAAUUUCUUGGAAGUGUCUUGUAUUUUUGGGUGGGAGUUGUGUCCACUGCAGUGUCUGAUUUCUGUGGCACCAAAACGAGUUGCGGAAAUAAUUUUGUCUUUGUAAUCUUGCCAGAAACAGCAUUCUAAAAGUGACCGUGUACAUAUUUAAGUUGUUGAGUUCAUUCAUGAUGUGUAGUUUAUUGGUUUGUGUGAUCAUUGACAGUUAAACCUAUGAAACACAAGUUUGAGGAAAAUCCCUACUCAAUGUUAUAGUUUGCACACACAUUAGGUAAGAAAAAAAAACUCUAUUACAUCUUUUUUCCUUUAAUGAGCUCUGGGUUCUUAAUUUUUUUUGUAAAGCGCAUAAUGAUUUAACAAAACUUUAAAUGUAGUUGUCACAAAUUACUACACAAUAAAAUAUAGCAAAACUCAAAUGCUAAUUGAUCUAGUUAUUACAGAAGCUGUGUAAAGCAGAAAUGACAGACUCUAUAAAAUAAAGAUCUCAAAUUUA